CCUUUCACCUUUUGUUUCUGUUUGACAACACAACACGUCAAAGCCGCUGUCACGGUCCAACCAAAAUAACGUGUGCUGUAGAGAAGCAACAGUACAUUGACAAGAGAAGUGGACCCUGCAAUUGAAUCAAAAUAUUAUGCUAUUCAGGCACAGUUUAAGAAUGUGAAACAAUUUUCAUGAUGAUGAUGUACACACAAUUUUAAUUUUCUCAAAACAGACCCAGUGACCACGUAACGGAUGCAAUGAAACUUGCAAGUGACUACUACACUUAAAAUCUAGACCUAGACUUAGACUACAAUCUAGAUUUCUUAUAUUUCUAUUUCUACAGUCUAGAUCUACAUCUAUCUACGUCUAGAUCUAUACCUCUAAAGGUCUAGUGUUAACAGUUGAAGUAGUAGACUCUAGCAGUAGAUCUGAUCUGGAUAUAAUCUAUACAACGGACAGCACCGACUUAGAAAAAAGUAACAGCAGAGACUGGCCGAGAAGGAGAGAUCAGGAAAACACAACAACUUCUCUAGAAAAGACUUAAAACCUUCUGAUUUUUCAAACCCAAUUACCCAAUUUGACAGCAAAGUCGAAAGCCGAGCUUUACCAUGGGAAAGCGGGAUUCAUCAGCACAACACUGUGCUCCUGUUGACCAAUAUAGAAAACAAAUUGGUAAACAAGACUGGAAAAAAUCACGGAAAGAUGUCAAACUGAUGAAGAACCGGUCUGAACAAGACAGUCAAUCUACUGCACAGCAAAUCGUCCUGAUGUUGGGUGUUGCUAUUGCUGUGCUGUCCUCGUUGUACGUUCUGCUAUUCUGGUACCUGGGUGCUGCAUCACUAGAUGAAGUUAAAGAAGAAAGACCUGUAUAGUGAUGAAAUGACAUUGGAAGACAAGAAAGGAAAUUUUAUAAGAUGGGAUUGACAGACACGAAAA